AUAUGUCUGUUUUAUGUCCUGCUGCUGAAUUUCUUUUAAAUUUUUUUUCUUUAUGUGGUGUAGUAUCUUCAUAGGAAGAGAAAAGGCUGUUUCAAUGAUGUCAACAGAAUGUGCUAAGCCACUUGAUAUCCCAGAUGACAGACUGGACAAGCAAGAUUCGCAAUGUAACCAUUUAGAAGAUCUUUCAGAGCAGCUGAUUAAGAGCUGUGACCUCAAAAAUAAACCAAGAAAAGGUAAAACUCUCACAGACUCUCAGAAGACUGAACAGGAGCAAAAGAAGCCAAAGAGAAAAGAUACACCGGCUUUGCACACUCCACCACCUCUAAUAGGCAUAGUUUCAGACUCAUCUGAAAAUCUGCUGAAAAGCUAUGGUAUCCCAGAGAAGUCACAGAGAGAGAGAGUCACUCCAAUGCCUCAAAUGACUGAACUGGAGCAGAAAAAGCCCAGAAGAAAAGAUACACCGGCAAUACACAUCCCACCUUUGAUAAUAGGUAAGAAACUUAGGUAA